AUGGCGAUGAAUCAUUCAAUAACUUGUGAGGAAUCCGAUAUUAAAAGAAGUUUUAUUUCUGCUAAUGAAGAGAUCAAAACAAAUCAAAUUAUCUUACCAAAUCAUCAACGCUUAAUUUAUACGAGUAAACCAACAAAAACUAAAGAAGUUAAACUAGCAUGCGAAUCAGCUAAAUUGUAUGAACCAGCUAAAUUUGAAG